AAGCUGAGGCAGCGGCGGCGGCGGUGGUCGGUGGGACAGGUCCCGGCGCGGCGUGGCUCUCCGGCGUGGGCCCACUACCCCGCUCCCUGCUCCGGCCUCGACCACGGCGAGCCCGAGCGCGGCGGCGGCCCACGCGCGGCGACGGGGAGAGAUGAGCAACAACAGCAGUAAGAGAGCUCCGACAACAGCUACCCAGCGACUGAAGCAGGACUACCUGCGAAUUAAGAAAGACCCGGUGCCUUACAUCUGUGCUGAGCCCCUCCCUUCCAACAUUCUUGAAUGGCACUAUGUGGUCCGAGGCCCUGAGAUGACUCCUUACGAAGGUGGCUAUUAUCAUGGAAAACUAAUUUUUCCCAGAGAAUUUCCUUUUAAACCUCCUAGUAUUUAUAUGAUAACUCCCAAUGGAAGAUUUAAGUGCAAUACGAGGCUGUGUCUUUCCAUCACGGAUUUCCACCCAGACACAUGGAACCCGGCCUGGUCCGUCUCCACCAUCCUGACUGGGCUUCUGAGCUUCAUGGUGGAGAAGGGCCCCACCCUGGGCAGCAUAGAGACGUCAGACUUCACGAAGAGACAACUGGCUGCACAGAGUUUAGCGUUUAAUUUAAAAGACAAAGUCUUCUGUGAGUUGUUUCCUGAAGUCGUGGAGGAAAUUAAACAGAAACAGAAGGCACAAGACGAACUCAGUAGCCGACCCCAGGCUCUCCCCCUACCGGACGUGGUUCCAGAUGGGGAGACACACCACGGCCAGCAUGGGCUUCAGCUGCUCAACGGGCACGUACCGGGGGCCGGGCCCCACCUUGCGGGGCUCCAGCAGGCCAACCGGCACCAUGGACUCCUGGGCGGCGCCCUGGCGAACUUGUUUGUUAUAGUGGGGUUUGCAGCCUUCGCCUACACCGUCAAGUACGUGCUGAGGAGCAUAGCGCAGGAGUGAGCCACACGCUGGGACCAGCACAAGUGGUUGAAAAUGAGGGACGCUGGGCCCGAGCCUGACAUGGGCUGGCUGGACGUGCCUCCGAGCGCAGGGUGGACCCGCCUGACUCCUGGGGUUAGCUUUUUAAAAACCUUUAAGAGGAAAACAAAAACCAAAGUGUGUAGUUUGGAUUUGGAGGAGACGCGAGAUCCCCAGCGCCCUGUUCUUGCCCUGGGGUCUGUUGGGGCUGUGGGGCUUGGGUGUCGAGGAGGAGGGGCCUCAUGCUUUGGUUUUAUAGCUCAUCUCCUGUAUUGUCUUUGGACAUGUUUUAGCAAACCUGUUUUUCAUUUUAUUAGAUUUGGUCACUUAAAAUAUAAGCCUCGAUGCCUAUCAGAUACUCUUGUGUUUUCUUAGUCCAGCGCAGCUCUGACUCACCAGACGGGAGCUGGUCCCAUGGCUGUGCUCAGCUGGCCUGGGCAAGGAGCCUGCCGGUGGGCCCCCAGGGGCCAGCUGGCCAGGGGCAGCAGUGGACGGGGACCCAGAGAUCUGGGAUUUGGCCUCAGCAUUUUAAAAUGUGCUUGUGUUCAUUCUGAACGAAGCACUUUCUCCUAGGAAAGUGGUGAUGUUGAAGUUAAGCAUCUGCUCACUCUUGACCACUAGGGGUCGUCCUUCAUUUAAAGCCAUGGCUGAGGAUGGAGGUGGCUGAGUUGCCCCCAUGGCCUCCUCCAGGCUGCGGCUGUGGCAGCUGGUCCUCGGUACCCCCAGAGCCUUUCCUCUGAAUUCCUCAUGUCCUGUGGCCCAGAAGCCACGCCUGUGCUGGUGGAGGGUGGAGCCCCAGAAGCUCCACAGGAGUCCCCACCUGACAGGCAGGCUCUGUGCUCUGGGGCUUCCUGCACACUGGCCGUGUGUGGUUUACCCUAAAGAUAGGCUCACAGGCUCUUCUCCACAGCUGGUCCAUGUCGGGUGUUGGCUCUUCCUAGGAGAUGACACAGCGAGGUUGGGCAUCAUAAAAGGGGACAGGCUGCCCUUGAAGAACACAUCAGCGGCAGAGCGGGCAGGAUCGUGGUUUUGGGACCGAGGAUUCCCUGGAUUGCCGACAUGUUCCCGCUCUGCGUCUCUUUCACCAUCUCCCCUGCAUGUGGUGCAGAAAGAGCUGCACCAGCCCCGGAUGAGAUGCUGUGCCCGCACUCCAGAGGACACCGGGGAGCUGAAGUGUAGCCAUGUGCUUGUGCAUCUUUGACUUGUUUUGUUUUCUCAUCAAUUUAUUUAAAUCGUCUAUAAUUUACCACUUGUGUGUAUUUAACCCACUCUUGUGAAAAAAAAUCUUUCAUUAUAUCUUUGUUCCUACAUUUUGUGCUGUUUGAGUCUGUGUUGGCGGAAAUUUGAGUCCAUCUCAGCCCAGUGCUGGGGUAGCCGUUGGGCAGGCCGCUGGCUUGGCCUGUGGAGGAGUUGGAGCUGUUGGGUCUGUCAUGCUUCUGGGCCCAGAUGCCUGCGUGUGCAGCGGUGGGCAGGGGCGAGCUCUGCCAGGCCUCCUGCUCUGCUGUGCUGGACACCAGGCCUCACCCUCCGUCCACAGCCAGCUUAAGGUCACGUCUGGAGGUCGGCGUUGUUCCAAACACUCAUUUUCUGAGGCUCUGGGAGGCAGAAUGUUUAGCAAAUAGUCUACUUAACAUGUAUUACUUCUUUUCUGUAUGUGAAAUCUCAACUUUUAAAAACCCUUAGUCAGCAGUGGGAAUUGACCCGUGCUGUCCAGAGCCUUCACUGGUGCCCAAGGUGGCGUGCUGUUUGAAGUGAGCCGAAAUAAAAGAUGAUCUUGUCCUGUUGGGCCAUGCAUCUGA